CGUCGACGUCAGCGUGCUGACGUCACAGGCCGGGUACUCGAGGAGCCGGGGGCCGCUGUCCGCGGGCGGUGGGCUGCGCGACGUCUGCAGGGCUUGUUUCCCGGUCCAGCCCCGCCGAGCCCCGCCCCUCCGCCCGCGAAGAGUGCAGCGGGCGCAGCCCCAGAGCCGCUGUCGCCGGGCCAGCCUAGGGCGGCCGGCCCGGAACCACCCGAUGAGGAAUCUGAUGGAGAGGACAGAAGUGGAAGACCCGAGUCUUAAUUCUAAGAUAUAUCUUGAAAUAUCCCUCAGACGGAUUUCUUCUCUCUAGGGAUGGUAAAGUUGGAGAGGAGAUCCUUUAACCCUCCUGCAGGAUGAACCCUGUGCCAGAAGACAUGGAGAACGCUCUCAUGGGGAGUCAGACCUCGCACGCUUCCCUGCGCGACGUCCAUUCCAUCAACCCCACGCAACUCAUGGCCAGGAUUGAGUCCUAUGAAGGAAGGGAAAAGAAAGGCAUAUCUGAUGUCAGGAGGACUUUCUGUUUGUUUGUCACCUUUGACCUCUUAUUUGUAACGUUACUGUGGAUAAUAGAGUUAAAUGUGAAUGGAGGUAUUGAGAACACGUUAGAGAAAGAGGUGGUGCAGUAUGACUACUACUCUUCUUAUUUUGAUAUAUUUCUUUUGGCAGUUUUUCGAUUUAAAGUGUUAAUACUUGCAUAUGCCGUGUGCAGACUGCGCCAUUGGUGGGCCAUAGCGUUGACGACAGCAGUGACCAGUGCCUUUUUACUAGCAAAAGUGAUCCUCUCAAAGCUUUUCUCUCAAGGGGCUUUCGGCUACGUGCUGCCCAUCAUUUCCUUCAUCCUUGCCUGGAUCGAGACGUGGUUCCUGGAUUUCAAGGUGUUACCUCAAGAGGCAGAAGAAGAAAACAGACUGCUGAUAGUUCAGGAUGCCUCGGAGAGGGCAGCACUGAUACCUGGUGGUCUUUCUGAUGGUCAGUUUUAUUCUCCUCCUGAAUCCGAAGCAGGAUCUGAAAAUGAAGCUGAAGAAAAGCAGGACAGUGAAAAACCACUUUUAGAACUAUGAGUAAGACUUUUAUUAAAUGUGAAAAACCUUCACUGAACGUCACCAGAGGGAAAAAAGGACUGAAACUGGGGGUCUCCCUUUUGAAGGUUGAAAUGGUGACAUCCACUGCUGACAUUACUGAAUGGCUAAUAGAGAAUUUAUUGAUUGUAAUACCUCACAGACAUGGUACCAUCUCCACAUGCAUUUAAUCACCUGCCUGUGGCUGGUAAGAUAAUGUCAUGAUCCAUCCUGUAUUCAGUGAGACUUGAGUCUGAUCUGUCAAAGAAUAGUUGCAGAAAGUCUUGUGCUGUGUUCCUGAUCAAAAGACUUCUUAAUAUAUUGGAAUAACACUUUUUUAGUAUGCAAAAUAUCUUUUUAUUUUGACUUGCAGAAUGGCAUUUUUUUGUUUCAUGUGUUGGAUUUCUUUUGUCUUUCUUUUUUAACUCCCUACAUUUCCCUUGUGUUUUUUUAACUCAUGCACAUGCACUAUUUGUACAAUUUUAA